CCGGGCUGAUUCCGCAACACAAGGACGGAGUGAGCGACGGGACUGAGCUGCAACUCAACACAUGUGUCAAUUAUCCUCUCGGUCAGGGUUAAUUCGUAAUACAUCGCGUUAAAGGAGUCGGGGCUUACAUAACCGAACCCCCCCGAGACAGACAGGUGUCGGUGCGAGUCUGUGGCCGGAGCUUUGGGGCCGGAGCCCAGCGGACCACGAGCCGGUUAGCUGUAGCCGCUAGCAGGAUAACCGCUCCGCCGUGCCCGCACACCUGCGUCCCGCAGCCCCGCAGCUCCCCGCCUACCGCCCGGUUCCCUCCGCCUCGACCCCCGCAGUGGUCCCGGAGCAGAGCUCUGGUCCAGAGGUCACCACCAUGGACAACGCGCACACCAAGACGGUGGAGGAAGUGUUCAGCUGCUUCUCCGUGAACGAGAGCACCGGGCUGAGCGCGGACGAGGUGAAGAAACAGCGGGAGCUGUUCGGACCCAACGAGCUGCCAGCUGAGGAGGGCAAAUCUCUUUGGGAAUUGGUGAUUGAACAGUUUGAAGAUUUGCUUGUAAGGAUCCUUUUACUUGCUGCCUGCAUAUCCUUCGUUCUGGCCUGGUUUGAAGAGGGAGAGGAAACUGUUACAGCCUUCGUGGAGCCUUUUGUUAUCCUCCUUAUUCUCAUAGCAAAUGCAAUUGUUGGAGUUUGGCAGGAGCGAAAUGCAGAAAAUGCCAUUGAAGCACUUAAAGAGUAUGAGCCCGAGAUGGGAAAGGUAUACCGCCAAGACAGGAAGAGCGUCCAGAGAAUCAAGGCCAGGGACAUUGUGCCUGGGGACAUUGUGGAGGUGGCUGUUGGAGAUAAAGUGCCUGCAGACAUCAGGCUGACUUCUAUCAAAUCAACAACACUAAGGGUUGACCAAUCAAUUCUUACAGGGGAGUCUGUGUCUGUAAUCAAACACACAGACCCGGUUCCCGACCCACGUGCCGUCAACCAGGACAAGAAAAACAUGCUCUUUUCUGGAACCAACAUCGCAGCUGGAAAGGCUGUUGGUGUGGUGGUGGCCACAGCUGGCAACACAGAAAUAGGCAAAAUCCGAGAUGAGAUGGCUGCCACUGAGCAGGAGCGCACCCCACUACAGCAGAAGCUGGAUGAGUUUGGACAGCAGCUAUCCAAGGUUAUCACAUUGAUCUGCAUUGCUGUAUGGAUCAUCAAUAUUGGUCACUUCAAUGACCCUGUCCAUGGAGGUUCCUGGAUUCGAGGCGCAGUCUAUUACUUUAAGAUUGCUGUAGCUUUGGCUGUCGCUGCUAUUCCCGAAGGUCUUCCUGCUGUUAUCACUACUUGCUUGGCUUUAGGAACGCGGCGAAUGGCCAAGAAGAAUGCCAUUGUCCGCAGUUUGCCCUCCGUGGAGACCCUGGGCUGUACAUCUGUCAUCUGCUCUGACAAGACUGGCACACUGACCACUAAUCAGAUGUCUGUGUGCAGGAUGUUUAUCAUUGAUAAGGCAGGUGGUGAUCAAUGUUCAUUGAAGGAAUUCACCAUUACUGGUUCCACAUAUGCCCCAGAUGGAGAAGUGUUUCAUAAUGGCAAACCAGUGAAAUGUUCCCAGUAUGACGCCUUAGUGGAGCUGGCCUCCAUCUGUGCUCUCUGUAAUGACUCCUCACUGGACUACAAUGAGGCCAAAGGUGUGUACGAGAAAGUGGGUGAGGCCACAGAGACGGCUCUCACGUGCCUGGCGGAAAAGAUGAACGUGUUUGAUACAGACGUCAAAGGCCUCUCCAAGAUUGAGAGAGCUAACGCCUGUAACUCUGUUAUCAAGCAGCUGAUGAAGAAAGAGUUUACCCUGGAAUUUUCCAGAGACAGGAAAUCUAUGUCUGUAUACUGCACUCCCAAUAAAGCACAUUCCUCUGCUGGCAAGAUGUUUGUUAAGGGUGCACCAGAGGGAGUGAUUGACAGAUGCACACACAUCCGUGUAGGCAGUAACAAGAUGCCCAUGACCCCUGGCAUCAAAGAAAAGAUCCUGUCUGUGAUCAGAGAGUACGGGACUGGCCGGGACACCCUGCGUUGUCUGGCACUGGCCACCCGUGAUAACCCCCUGCGCAAAGAGGACCUGGCAUUGGAGGACUCCACUCGUUUUAUAGAGUAUGAGACUGAUCUGACAUUUGUGGGCUGUGUUGGCAUGCUGGAUCCUCCCAGAGCAGAAGUGGCUGCCUCUAUUAGACUUUGUCGUCUUGCAGGCAUUAGAGUGAUUAUGAUCACCGGCGACAACAAGGGCACAGCAGUGGCUAUUUGCAGACGUAUUGGUAUCUUUGGAGAAGAUGCUGAUGUUUCCACUAUGGCCUUCACUGGCAGAGAAUUUGAUGAUCUCUCACUUGCUGCACAAAAAGAAGCUGUGAUCAAGGCUCGCUGCUUUGCCCGUGUUGAGCCUGCUCAUAAAUCCAAGAUUGUCGAAUAUCUGCAAUCUUUUGAUGAGAUUACAGCGAUGACUGGUGAUGGUGUAAAUGAUGCCCCUGCUCUAAAGAAGGCAGAGAUUGGCAUUGCCAUGGGAUCAGGAACAGCCGUGGCCAAGACGGCCUCAGAGAUGGUGCUGGCUGACGACAACUUUUCCACUAUUGUUGCAGCAGUUGAGGAAGGCAGAGCCAUUUACAACAACAUGAAGCAGUUCAUAAGAUACCUGAUCUCUUCAAAUGUGGGCGAAGUUGUCUGCAUCUUCCUGACUGCAGCUCUGGGGUUCCCUGAAGCCCUCAUCCCCGUUCAGCUGCUUUGGGUCAACCUGGUGACCGAUGGUUUGCCUGCCACCGCUUUAGGCUUCAACCCACCAGACUUGGACAUCAUGAGCAAACCUCCACGCAAUGCUCGGGAACCCCUCAUCUCAGGAUGGCUCUUCUUUAGAUACCUCAUCAUUGGAUGUUAUGUUGGAGCUGCCACUGUUGGUGCUGCUGCCUGGUGGUUUGUUGCUGCUGAAGAUGGACCAAGGCUCACCUUUUAUCAUCUGAGCCACUUCCUGCAAUGUGGUCCAGAAAAUCCAGACUUCCAGGAUGUAGACUGUAAGAUCUUUGAGUCCCCGUAUCCUAUGACCAUGGCUCUGUCAGUGCUGGUCACCAUUGAGAUGUGCAAUGCCCUGAACAGCGUGUCGGAGAACCAGUCCCUUCUGCGCAUGCCUCCCUGGGAGAACGUGUGGCUGCUGGGAGCAAUCUGCCUCUCCAUGUCUCUGCACUUCCUUAUCCUCUACGUGGAGCCUCUGCCAAUCAUUUUCCAGAUUACCCCUUUGAAUCUGAUACAGUGGCUAAUGGUGCUCAAGAUCUCUCUGCCCGUCAUUCUACUCGAUGAAAUGCUAAAGUUUGCUGCUAGAAACUACCUGGAGCCUGGUAAAGAGCUGGAGAAGCCUUCCAGCUCUAAGGGCUGCUCUCUGUUUGCAUGUAUGGAGGGUAUUUCGUGGCCCUUUGUGGCCAUUUCCCUCCCCUUGGUCCUCUGGAUCUACAGCUGCGACACUAACAUGGCCGACAUGUUCAUGUCCUGACUGACUUGAGCACAACUUCAACUUUUCCAUUCCCCAUCCACUGCCAUCACUUCCCUUACUCCUCUUCUCCUUCCCUCUCUGCCUUCCUAAAUUUGCAUAACUUGCGUGUGUGCGUGUGUUUGUAGAGUUUGUGUGUGAGCGUGUGUGCACGAGAAGGACCAACUUCAACCUAACAAAUAUUAUAAAAUGUUAACAUUUAAAAGUCACCUGUUUUGAGUUGGGAUAGAAUUUAUGAACGGGUGAACCUUUACAUGUGAGUGUUAGACCAUCACUCCCAUGGUUGUGGACUUUUGUUAAUGGUUUGAAAGAAAAUAUAGUUUUGCCAGUUUUUUUUUGUUUUUUUUUGUUAAUGUCAUUAUUGCCUUUAAGGUAUAGUAUAAAGAUGUAGGAAAUGUCGUGUCCUAUGUCACUACGAAGUCAGAAAAUUGUUUUGUUUAGCUUCCCUAUUGAUAAAAGGAAAUUUAAGAAAUCUGAAUCAUUUGAACUGUACAGAGAUUGAACACUAUUGUAUGCAACUAGGUUUUUUGUUUUGUUUUGUUUUUUAAGGCUCUGUAAAUUGUUUGACCAGCGUGGCUUAGACACACCGCCUUGAUUUUAUUUUCUAAUGUUUACCAUUGUGUCUUCAGUAUGAAUUCAAAACUCUGCAAGGACAAGCUCCGGCAGCAGACAAGGACGGAGACAGGUUUGAGAUGCUUGACUGAAAGAAAAGAAAAAACAGAGAAACUAAAAGCUGCAUGUCCUGUGACCAAGCAUGAUCUGUGUGUGGUUUUUCAUUUCUAAUUUAAUUGCGUAUGUCCCCCCUGUAAGAGUUUAAAUUAACUGUGGCUCUUUUUCUUUUUUUUUUUUUUACAAUAUUGAUUGAAAAUAGUAGGUUUUUCUGCACUGGGCAGAGCACAGCUACCUCAGUAUGAUUAAAGAAUAUUUUUUGCUCAUUUCAAGAUGCUUUUCCAGAAACAGUUUCAGUAGAAAAUAACAUCGGAGGUGUGCCCCGAUUUGCUUGUGCAGAGAAAAAAAAAAAAGAACAAAAUGUUGCUACCCUCUAACAUUUAAACUAUUUUGUUUGUAUUGAAUUGUGACAUUCAUUAAUUUUGUUUUGCUGCGGAGAAAGAGCUGGGUGUGGAUGUUGUACAUUUACCAUCUCUGUGGUGUUUGAUUCAAAGGAGAAAUAUUAAAAUCUUAAAAUAUACUAAUAAGUACUCCACAUGAGCAUUGAUUGCAAAUGUUCUUGUUUUUUUUUUUCUACUUCAAGAAAAAAAUACACUCAUGAACCCUUUGAAUCAAGUGUUUUCUGUCUUUUAUUUAAUAAAAUUGAGCUCAUGUUUCUUUUCA